AACGAAGUUCAAGUUCUAGUGGCCAUCAACCGUUGACGGUCGCCAGUUGAUUGUGAGCUAUCAGGUGGACGAGAUUUUGACCAGCAUCCGAUGAUGGAGGUCAACGUUGGUUUGGUGCUCUUUCUGCUUUCGAUUUUGGGGUAUCUGUAUCAUCUGCUCACCCGGAACAAUGAUUACUUCCACGAGAAACCAAUUCCUUCGAUGGCUGUCAAACCAAUUUUCGGCAGCACCGGGUCGCUAAUAUUGAAACGAUGCACUUGGCCUGAUUUUGUUGUCGAAAUUUACAACAAAUAUGCUAAUACCAAAGUCUUCGGGAUGUUCGACAGUGUGACUCCGAUAUUUGUGGUUCAAGAUCCGGAGCUUAUUAAAAAGAUCACCAUAAAGGAUUUUGACCACUUCGUCGAUCACCGGCCGAUGUUUGGUGACAGCCGAAACGAUAGUCCAUACACUUUGUUUGGGAAAAGUUUGUUCGCGAUGAAUGGAUCGAAAUGGCGCAGUACGAGAGCAACCUUGAGCCCGGCCUUUACUGGGAGCAAAAUGCGUCAGAUGUUUGAGCUGAUGAUCGAUUGCUGUGAAAGUGCUACCAAGUAUCUUGAAGGUCAAGUUCAAAGUGCUAAGGAUAUGAACAUGAGUGAUCUGGCAAGUCGUUUAGGAACAGAUAUGAUAGCAUCUUGCGCUUUUGGGAUCCAAAUUGAUUCAUUGCGUAAUCCGGAGAAUGAGUUUUACUCUCGUGGUAAAGAGAUGAUUAAUUUCGAAAGAAUUAGUGUAGUAUUCAAGAUGUUUGGCUUUAAACUGUGCCCGAAACUGAUGGGUAGACUUGGUAUUGAUUUGAUCGAUCGGAAACCUGGUCAAUACUUUAGCGCUCUCAUACGACAAGCGAUCAACGAUCGACUUUCCAAAGGAGUCAUCCGAUACGAUAUGAUCCACCUGCUACUGCAAGCCAAACAAGGAGUUCUUCGUCACCAACAGGAGAGCGAACAAUACGAAGGAUUCGCAGUAGUGCAAGAGUCACACGUCGGAAAGCAACAAGCUACGGAAGGUUUAACGGAAAACGAAAUGAUCGCGCAGACAUUUGUUUUCUUUUUAGCUGGAUUUGAAACCGUUGCUACUUCCUUAUCUUUUGUUGUUCAUGAUCUUGUAGUGCACGAAGAUAUCCAACAGAAACUAUACGAAGAAAUUGUUGCCACUCACGAAGCUCUAGCAGGAAAGAAGCUCAACUACGACACCCUCCAGAGGAUGGAAUACAUGGAUAUGGUAAUAUCGGAGAGCAUGCGAAUGCGCCCAGCAGCAAUCUUACUAGACCGAUGCUGUACUCACGAUUACCAGGUUGAUGAUGGGGAGGGAUUGAGAUUUACCAUCGACAAGGGAACAGUAGUAUGGAUUCCGACUCAAGGAAUUCAUAUGGAUCCCAAAUACUACCCUAACCCGUACCAUUUCGAUCCGGAACGUUUCAGUGCCGAGAAUAGGCACAACAUCGACCCGCUAACAUAUCUACCCUUUGGUAUUGGUCCAAGGAAUUGUAUUGGAUCGAGGUUUGCUCUAAUGGAAAUCAAAGUUGUCCUCUAUUAUUUGCUGUUGAGCUAUAAGUUUCAACGCUCUGAACGAACGGAGAUUCCGCUAAAGAUGCGCAAAGGACAAACAAUUCUGGCGGUUGAGUCACCACUAAUUGUAAAGUUCGCUAAACGUUAACUUUUAUUUGAAUGUAGUAAAACAAUGUGCUCAACUAAUUUUCCUAAUUCUUCUAAGGACAGCACUUGGAAAUCGACUUUUCACCCACAGCUACUGAUUUAAAUUUAGUGUACCCAAAAUUGAAACAAACUUCCUGAAUGAAACUGAAAAAUGUCACAAGAUAAAUUUGAAACUAAUAAAACAAAGUUACAAGUAAUUA